AUGGUUCACGGAACACAUGCAUUUGAAUAUCCAACAUUAGAUGUGAGGUUCAACGGGGUUUUCAACAAUGCCAUGUUGAAUCAUACUACUAUCGUGAUGAACAAAAUCCUCGAGUGCUACCAUGGCUUUGACAACAUCAAGCAUGUGAUUGAUGUCGGAGGUGGUUUAGGAGUCAAUCUCAAUAUCAUCGUAUCAAAAUAUCCCACCAUUAAAGGCAUUAAUUAUGAUUUACCUCAUGUGAUCCAACAUGCACCGGUCUAUCCUGGCAUAGAACAUAUCGGAGGAAAUAUGUUUGAAGAGGUUCCUCAAAGUGAUGCCAUUUUUAUGAAGUGGAUAUUGCAUGAUCGGAGUGAUGAUCUUUGUGAAAAGUUGCUAAAGAACUGCUACAAGGCAUUGUCGAAUGAGGGGAAGGUAAUUGUAGUCGAGUACAUUCUUCCUUUUUUGUCCAACACAAACUCUUCCGACAAAGUCACCACCCAAACAGAUGCAAUCAUGAUGACACAAAAUCCAGGAGGAAAAGAGCGAACAGAGCAUGAGUUUCUUGUCUUAGCUAAAAAUGCAGGAUUCACUGGAAUAAAAAUGGAAUGCUUCGUUUGCAACCUUUGGGUCAUGGAAUUUUACAAGUAG